AUGAAUUAAUUAAUUUAAGAAUUAGAAUGCCGCCAUUCAACAGCAAUUCCAAUUAUUUAUAGUUUGCUUUCGAGUUGUUUCUUUGCCUUGACUGCUCUGACUAUAAAAUUAGUGCCAAAUGUGGCUCCAACUUAAGUGUUGUAUGUUAGAUCAUUGUUUACAAUAAUGAUGUUAAAAUUGAUUGCUAAGGAUAAAAUUGAUAGUUAUCCAUAGAAAUGGAUAAAUAAAUUAUAAUGGAGAGGAUUAUGUGGUGGUUUGGGAACAGUAGGUUGGUUUUGGGCAGUUCGUUUGAUUUAGUCCUCUGAAGUAAUUGUGUUAUCAAAGAUUUCACCUUUAUGGACAGCUUUAAUAGCUGCCUAUAUUACAAAGACUGAUAAACUAACAUUAAAACUUUUAAUAAUAAUUUUAUUUUGUAUCAUUGGUGUAAUUUUGAUAGCAAGACCUCCGUUUUUAUUAAUGGCUCUAGGUUAAGAUGUGAAUUAAAAUACAGAAUAUGAUAUUCAUAUGUUAGGAGUGAUUUUAGCAUUAUCAUCUUCAAUUACAUAAUCAAUAGUUUAAGUGAUUAUAUCUCAUUUAGCUAAAUCUGUUCAUUAGAUUGCAAUUCUAUAAUACUUUUCCUUUUAUACAAUAAUAUUACCAAUGCUUUUUGAAUUGUAUAAUUAAUCAUAAUUAAUAUUUCCUUCUUAUUAAGAAUGGGUAUUUUUAUUAUUGAAUAGUGUAUCAGGAGGUUUAGCUUAAUUUUUUAUGAAUAGAUGUUUUAUAUUAGGUAAAUUGAAUAAGAUGUCACUUGUUGGAUAGUCAUAAGUAUUGUUUAGCUAUUUUUUUGACAUUGUGGUUUUGAAUGAAAGUAUUAAUAGUUUAAGCAUAAUUGGGAGCAUUUUAGUAUGUGGAUGUUUGAUUAGUGUGAUUUUAUGAUUGUUAAUUAAUGAAAUAAGUUAUUUUAGCAAUUCUAUUUUUUGGAUUGUGUGUUCAUGCAUAGACAGAGAGACAUACAUUAUAAGGAGCAUUGAGUUUACUUGAAAAAGCAUAAAAUGAUAUGUCUGUUUAUGAUUAACAAGACCCAAGAUUAUAUACUUGGUUUUGUUUAUUAAAAGAUAGUGUUGCAAGACUAUUCUAACCAAUUACAGAGAAUAAAUUAGCUAAUCAAUAUGCAAUAUUUGGAUCAGUACCAGGUGUUAUCUUAAUGGCUGGAUUAAUGCCUAUGAUACUAUUAGUCGUUUUUAGUUAUGGGAUGUUUAAAUACAUAACAUAUGAACCAAAGAAAAUGGAAUUCAAAUAUGCCAAAUUGCCUAUUAAAGAAAUUCAAAAGACUUAGAAUAAUCAACUCUAAUAUCCAGCUUUUUGCAUAUUUGGUUUUAUAUGA